CGGGCGGCGCAAAGCGGAACUACAAGUCCCAGCGCGCUCCACGCAGGGCCGCGGCUGCGCUGGGUCGUGCGGGCGGCAUGGAGGCGCCCGGGCAGCGGCAUCGCGCUCUCUACAAGGGGGCCGCAGUCCCGCCCUGGAAGGAGACCUAUCGCCGGCGCUGUGUGGAGAGACUUAAAAACAGUCGUGCCAAGCUGCUGGAUAGAUACCGCCAAGCUGGGGAGAAUGUGCACUGCCAUGCGCCGGGUGCUCUUCUAGUGCAGGAGGUGAUGGAGGAGGAGUGGCAGGCCUUGCAGUCAGUGAACGUGAGCCUGUCCUCCCUCAGGAGAAAGGAGGCGCUGUCACAGGUGUUGGAGGACCCCGAUGAACUAGCAGUACUGGAGGAAAUCCAACAAGAGUUGAUCUCACAAGAACAGUUGACAAUAGAAGAAUAUGAACGGAGUCUGCAGUUCGACCAGGAGUGCCUCAAUGCAAUGCUUGAGAGCUUGGACACAGGCAACAAGAUUAUCUGUCCAGUGUGUAAAAGGAAUAACCUGACUGUGAUGAGUCAUCUGGUUUUAUGCCAGUGUGGAUUAUACCUCAGCACACAGGGUAUGACAGAACAGAAGCUCCGGUCACUUCUAGAAGACAGUGUAACAGAACAUGGUCAUCAGUGUCUUCACAAUCCUGAGUUCUCCAUCACUAGCGGAAUGGAGGGAGAAACCAAUCUUCUCAUGAGCUGUCCGGUCUGUGACUCUUGGACAGUCCUCCUGUAACUACAACCCCGCUGGGGUUUCUCCAUGGAAAGAAUACACUAAGUGAAAUGGUGCCAUGAAUCCUGAGAAGACACAGGGCAAGCUACAAUAGCAGAGUAUACCACAUUGCUCUAUAGGAUGGAAAAAUAAAGUGACUACUAGCUUUUGUAAUCUCCACUUGGCCUGGACUGCAGCACAAAGUAACAUUGAGAAGCAGUACUAAGUUAAUAGCUUUUCUUUAAACAUAACAUCCAUCAUGGACAAGAUGUGCUUACCCUGCUUCACUGAAAUUUAAACUAAGUCCUUAUGUUCACUGACAAGAUCAAAUAUCAGCUCAGC